AUGGUCAAGGCUAGCUUCAUCUCUGCUGGCUUGCUGGCUUUGUGCAUCGCGAUUGCUACCGCUCCUCAGCCUGUAGCUGGCGACUGGCUUCAGGAUUUCACCAAGGGCGGAAGCCAGGCGUUUGACUCUGCUUUCAAGUCUUGGUCCGACUCUGACCUUCGCACCUAUCUGCUUGACCGAGGCAUCAUCGCGCCUUACACUACGGGCGAACAACUUCGCCAGCUGGCCGUCCAAGACUACGAAAAGCUCGUCUCUUCAGCUUCGUCGGGUAAUGCUGCUGCCAAGGCGGCUGCGUCGUCUCAACUGAGCUCGGCUUCGAGCGCCGCCUCAUCGAUCUCGUCUGCUGCUUCCGCUUAUGCCGCCUCGGCUUCGGCCUCAGCUACCAGCCUGGGAAAGGAUGCGCAGGCUUCCGCUUCGAGCCUCAGCAAGAACGCUCCGGAUGCGUCGAGUGUCUCGAAGAGCGCCAAGAGUGCCGCAUCGCAGGCUAGCAAGUCGGGCAAUUCGGUGUACAACGCUGCGUCCAAGAGCGGUAGCUCGGCCUACGCUCAAGCCUCGCAGGCGGUGCAACGAGCGAUUGACGACAGCACCGAUUACGUCUACUCGACGUGGAACGACAACGAUCUUCGAUCGUUCCUCGAAUCGCACGGCAUCAUUAAGACCAAGACGCAGGCGACUCGCGAUGAGCUGUUGACCAAGAUGCGUGACGCUUACACCACCACGGUCAACGCGCCGUACGAGGCAUACUCGAACAGCUACCUGCACAACUGGCUCGUCGAUCACGGCAUCGUCAAGUCGCCCGCCGAAAAGACGCGCGACGAGUACCUGGCACUCGCCAAGGACUACUACACCACCGGAACCGAAAACGUCUACGACACGUGGAACGAGUCGGAUCUUCGAAGCUGGUUGAUCAAGAACAAUGUGAUCAAGUCAGAUUUCCAAGCCAAGCGCGACGAGUACGUUGACCUGGUGCGCAAAAAUUACAACAAUGCCGAGAGCGAGGUGUGGUCGAGCUGGACGGAUAGCGACCUGCGCAACUGGCUCAUCCAGAACGGCUACCUCAAGUCGGACGCGCAGGCUAAGCGUGACGAGCUGCUCAAAUUGGCACAGAAGCACGCCAACGAGGCCAACAAGGAGGCCAAGGAGUACCUUUCCUGGAGCGACGCACGUCUGCGCGAGUACCUGCGCAGCAGCGGCAUGCAGCUUGAGGCAAUUCCCAAGAAGCGCGAUCAGCUGCUGCGCGAGAUGCGCGCUCGCUACACCGGUCAUCGCGGCAUCUUUAGCUACAUCAAGGAUGGUGUUCGUCAGGCCUACUUUGGCGUCCAGGAUAUUUUGGGCAAGGCCGAACAGGGUGCUGCUCAUGCUAGCGUCAGCGCUUCGUCGGCGGCCAGUGCGGCUUCGGCUUCAGCUGCCAGUGCCACCGCUCGUGCCAAGGAUGAGUUCUGA